AUGGGCGCACUGGCACAUGAGAUCAUUGGCCGCCGCAUGGCAUGGCGCGCGUUGAUCGUGGGGUUCAUUGCAAAGGGUAGGCCAGAGCUUCUCGAGGUAAGCGCGGCGGUUUCGGCCGACGAAGAUGGCUCCAUGGUUUCCUACUGGCAGAGGAGAAGGUAG